UUGGGCUCUGGCGGAUAUGGCUUCGUCAUGACCGCCCGUCAUCGUACAGAGGGAUACGAGGUAGCAGUCAAGUUUAUUAUCAAAGCCAAAGUGCCGGAGAAUUCCUGGAUGGACGACGAAAUCUUAGGAAGGGUUCCUACCGAGAUUCUUCUGCUCAGUCUGAUCAAUCAUGAGAACAUCGUCAAGUGCAUCGACGUGUAUGAAGACGAACUAUACUUCUAUCUGGUUGUUCGCCCGAAGUUUUCUCGCAGGCCCUCGCACGAUUUGUUCGAGUGUAUCGAACAGAGUAAACAUAAGAGGCUAUCCGAGACUCAAGCCAGGUAUAUCUUUGCCCAAGUCGUUGAAGCGGUGUGGUAUCUCGACAGACAGGGGAUCACGCAUCGUGACAUCAAGGACGAGAAUCUGGUUGUAGACAAAGACUUGCGGGUCAAGCUCAUCGACUUUGGGAGUGCCGUGGUGGCGGAUCCGACUAGACCCCGUCCGCUCUACAACUUGUUCUAUGGCACGACUGCGUACGCUGCGUCUGAGAUUCUGCGGAGAAAGCCGUACCAGGCUGCGCCCGCCGAGAUCUGGACGCUGGGCGUUCUAUUGUCCUACCUCCUGACCGGGAACUCCCCAUUCCCAACGGAACAGGAUGCUAUCGAGGGCAGGAUACUGCUGAAUGAUGGUACGAAGAAGGGACAGGCUAGCGGGGAGAAGAAGAAGCUGUGGAUUAGCGACGGCUGCCUGGGUCUUAUGCGGAGAUGCUUGGAGAAGGAUCCGGAGAGGCGGGCGACGAUCGAAGAGGUCAGGGAGCAUUGGUGGGUGAGG